UGUUGUCUCGGUCUCCCAAACGGAUCCCCUCUUCUGUUUGUUCUGUCCCUCUUUGUCCAACACUCGUCUCCAGCUCCACAAAGCAUCGUCGAAUGAGGCCCUUCUUACAGAAGCGUUGAUUAUCUAGGACAAAGACAUCAUGUCUUCUUCUCAACUCCUCUUCGAGCUACUCUCCUCACUUCCACCUCAGAAUAUCACUGGACCAACAUCACUAACCCCUGACACCGACCCCGACAUAAAUCUUACGGAGCUUGAUUCGUCCGGGUUCAAGAGUCUCUUAUCGACUGAUCUGACCUCUUCAUUCGUUUCGCCAUCCUUGCCUUUGCAUAGUGAUCGCUUUGUUGUCCGAAGUGGAUUCGUUAAGAAAGUAUCCACCGUGUUGCAAGGAGCGACAAAACGACGUAAUAGCACCGGUGACAGUCUUGCCUCUUUGCUUCAUACUUCAGAAAGUAACGCAUAUAUGACUGUUCGUGCGCGAUCAGUAUCUCCGAGGAACUCUCCUGCCAAUUGUAGCGGGCCGGUGCCGACAGAGCAGGAUCCGGAUUACAUUCAGGAGCAUAUUAAGGUCGAGGAGGAUGUGGAAGAGUUUGUUUCGGAUGCGGAUGAGGUUGAUCCAAAUGAGCUGAAGAUCGAGGAUGGUAAAAGAGCUAGAAAGAAGAGGAGGGAUAUAGAUGCUACAUACAUUCCGGGGAAAGAUGACGAUGAAGAUGACACUUUCAACCCAGAUUCAAAUGAGAUUGAUCCCAGUGAGCUCAUCGACAGGGUUGCGAAGAAGAACAGAAAGAGGAAACCUGGUGUGGAUGCUACAUACAUGCCAGGGAAAGAGGAUGAUGGUGAUAGCAGUCAGGACAAUGAAGCAACCGCCAGGGCUCCCAAGAAGAGAAGGGUGAUACCAAACUCUGCAUUAGUAUCGUCUGUCGAUGCCCGCCAUCUGACUCCUGAGAAGCCGAUAGAAACAGAGUUCCCCGUUACGCCGUCUGCUCAAAUCGAUCCUGUGUAUCAACAGGGGGUGACUCAGUUCCCACAAAUUGAUAAUGGAACGACGGGUCUAGGUGCGAUCCUGUAUCCAACGCCGGAUACUCUUCGAAAGAAAAGUACAACCAAGGUUGGAACCGCUUCGUCUGCGCUCCCUCAUGCUCGCCAUGUUCCGAAGAAGACUCCGAAAAAGGAAAAUGAGGAGUACGUUCCAGGUGAAACUUUGAUUUCCGAACCGGAGGCGACUCCGAUGAAGUCGAUCGAGGCCGAAAAUGCAAACCCAGCCUAUUUGACCGAGGAUGAUAACGAAGAGUAUCAAGACCGACCCAUCCAUCAUACUGAGAAGACAGGCAUCGUCUUUGACUUUUCAGUAGAAAGAGCCAAGCGCUGGGCCAGCGCAAUCAAUGUGCCAAAGGGUCUCUUCAAUGAGGAAGAAAAAGAUUUGUUCUUUCGCCUUGCAAUGCGCGGCUUUGAGCCGGUUGUCCCCAGAAGCUGGCGAUAUGACUUUCCGACACUGCCAGAAUCUUUAUAUCCUAGGAGCUCCGAGGCGAGUGACAAGCCAAUUAUCGACGUCACUCGAAGCUCGAAUCUCUACGCUAUCAAAGCCUUGACAUGUCUGUUUGCCGUCGGUGGCCGUGUCCGCGACUGUGACAUUCUACACCAACAACCCGAACCCUUGAUCAAGCAAGCAAUCCAGAAAUACAUCCACUGGGCUCUCUUUGACGUCGAGUUAGACACUAUGCAAGAUGCACUGCCAGUUCAUGUGAUAUAUGCUCAGAAGAAAGACGAAAAGACUAUCAAAGCCGUCCGGAAGAUGAACACAAAGCUCCAAAAGCUUACCCGGCGACACCAAGAAGAACUCGGCGUGACAAUCAACAACGCUCCAGACAAGAAGGAGGCGAAAAUACUGGAGGACAUUAAAUUUCCCCUUCUUACUGGAUUCAUCAUCUGCGGCCCCAUCGUCGCCAUCUUGACCCAUAGUACUGAUCCUCGAGAGAUCGGUAACGGCGAAGAAGAUGGUCGGUUCAUCUCUCAGUUUGACUUGUCUGAACGCGGUCAGGACGUGUGGAAUUCCCUGGCUAUUGCUAUUACUGUGAUGCAUGUUCGUCGGACUAUGUUGUCGCUGGCGCAUCAGGGGAAGGGGAGUUAUCAGCCUGGUCGGAGGCGUAGUCUUUCGGCAUUUGAUGUCGAUCGUUAGAUUUAUCGUUGGUUUGAUGGAUAUUUUGUAUGUUAUGGAUUUGGGGCUUGCCUAGUUAGCGCGGUAUGACUUGCAAUGCAUUUAGAUAGUCCAGCUACUUGUCCUGAAUGAUAUGAUAAAUGACUGC